CCUGGUGAGCCACCAUCUCUUUAAUCUGCGCAUGCUCCAUAUAGUCGAACCAUUCAAAUGAUUCAAUUGUGAACUUUAUGUUUAGUGUUUUAUUUAAUAAAGAGCAUCAAAAUGUCUGUUCAACCAUCGAACCCCAACAACCCGAUUGUCUUCUUUGACAUCACCAUCGGAGGGCAGGAUGUCGGACGGAUGAAGAUAGAGCUAUUUGCUGAUGUGGUUCCAAAGACUGCUGAGAACUUCCGGCAGUUCUGCACAGGAGAGUUCAGGAAGGAUGGCGUUCCAAUUGGUUACAAAGGCUGCACUUUCCACAGGGUGAUUAAAGACUUCAUGAUUCAAGGUGGAGACUUUGUAAAUGGCGAUGGUACUGGUAUCUGCAGCAUCUACAGAGGCCCAUUUACGGAUGAAAACUUCAAAAUGAAGCAUUCUGCCCCUGGGCUUCUAGCCAUGGCUAACAGUGGACCGGGGACAAAUGGUUGCCAGUUUUUUAUUACCUGCACUAAAUGUGACUGGUUAGAUGGGAAGCAUGUUGUUUUUGGAAAAGUAGUGGAUGGUCUGCUGAUCAUGCGGAAGAUUGAGAAUGUGCCCACCGGACCCAACAACAAACCAAAACUGCCCAUCGUCAUUGCUCAGUGUGGAGAAAUGUGAUCCAACCAGUUUAACUAGUCACGUCAGAGAAGAGCAACAUUUUCAUCAGUUAAUGGGCGUAUUAUGAUGUUGCUCCUGUGAAUGCCUUCCCUGUACAGCAGGCUUAUUGACACCUCUAACACUGUUUAGGCUUUUUAGGAAAAACUUCUAAAAUUGCUCUAGUUUUGUUACUGUCGGUGUAUUAAAAAGCAUUUUGUGAGACUUAAUGCAUUUUGGUUUUUUUUACAUAAAAAUCUUUGCUUUCUUUCACACUGUUGAAUACAAUAAAUUGUACUUUUUCUUA